CAUGAAUUGACAACCAAUUUUCACGAUGACUAAGACCUGUAAACGAUAUAAGAUUUCUUUGAAAGUAGAUAAAUGCUCCUGAGUUGAAAGCUGUAUAACUUUACGAUGGAGAGGCUGAAUAGUUCCAAUCAUCCACAGUUCCAUCUGAAGAGAAUCGGACAGACUCCUAACAGACCAAGGGUCGUCACUGUCAUGGAUUUUUACAAGGUAACGAGUGUCAUUGGACGAAAUGGUCUAGAGGUGGAUUUCUACAUCGAUUCUGAUAACCGAGUACAGUCUCAGAUGAUUUCCCGAAGUCACGCUCGAGUGGUUCGACAACCAAACAACGACCAUAAGUUGUUUGAUGAUAGUUUGAAUGGCAUCUUUGUGAAUCAUAUUAAGAUAAGAGGGAAUGUUAUUUUGUCUGAGGGGGAUAGAGUGACCUUUGGCCACCCUGUAGGGCGAGACAUUCCAUUUGGGACAUGGGAAAGACAGGUCAACAACCACCACCAGUUUAUUUUUGAAAAGUGUUGCUGUGAAGUUAAACCUACCAGGAGAACUCCAGUGAAGGGACAAUUUGCUGUUCCUAGGAAACUCACCCCCAAGAAGUUGGCUUCCAAAAGAGAGAGAAACCAGACCAGGACCUUCACUAAAAGUGAUAUUUUAACACUAAAAAGAAAAAGUGAAGAAGCAGCAGCAGUUACAGGGGAAGACAACUCCGCAUUAUCACAGACUGAAGCCGUGAAAAUUCUCCAGACAACUUCUUCCUUGGGAGAAACAGAGAAGUCAUUUACUGAGAAGCCUAGGAAAGUCUGUCCUCAGAACACAGAAAUUCUUUAUCAAAGAAUCUCAAAUGAACAAUCUGAUGCAGAAGCAGCCGUAUCAUCAGAUAUAGGAUCUCAGAAAGCUGAAAUAAAUACUGAUUCAAGUCGAACAGACAAGAUAGCACCAGCACAGCCACAUUCUGAUGUUUUAACAAAUACUGAGGAAAUAGCACCUAACCUUCCAAGUCAACAGGACUGUGCACCUGUUCCAGCAAGACCAGAAGAUACAACAAAUGUCCCCACUAAACAGGAAGACAGAGCACCUGUUUCAGAAAAUCAGGAUGUGGCACCUGUUCAAGCAAGUCCAGAGGACUCAGCACCUGUUCUAGCAAAUCCAGAGGACAGAGCCCAAGUUCCAUUAAGUCCAAAGGACAAAGGGCCUGUACUAGCAAUUCAAGAGAACAUAGCACAUUUUCCAGCAGGUCAAGAGGAAAGAGAACCUGUUUCAGCAAGACAAGACAACAAAGAACCUGUAUUUACCAUUCAAGACAACAUUGCACCUGUUCUAGCUGGACAAGAGGUCAGAGCCUCUGAUCUAGUGAGUCAAGAGGACAAAGCACCUGUUAAACCAAAGACAGAGCCUGAGGAAAGAGCACCUGUUCAACCAAGUCUAGAGGAUAGUGCAUCUAUUUUAGCAAGUCCAGAGGACAUGGCACCUGUUGUAGUAAGUUCAAAAGACAGUGCACCUCUUUUAGCUAGUGAAGUUGAAAGAGUGCCUCCUCUACAGGGUCAAGAGAACAAAUCACCUGAUCGAGCCAGUCCAAAGAAAACACUAGAUAAUGCAAUUCCAGAGGACAGAGCUUCUGUUACAACAAGUCCAGAGGACAGUCAAGAGUAG